UAUAUAAGUGCACAUGCAUGCACGCUUGCAUUUGCGUUGCUUCGUGCCAACCUUCCGUGCGUGCACUGUGUUGUGAAGUGAAUAAACAAUGAAGGCGUUUCUGGUGACCAUCCUCCUUGUCGGGAUCGUGAAGAGUGAGAAGCAUGAGGCAGAGCCGACAGAAGAAUCCCUGAAACGCGGGCUGAGCCACAAAUGCGGUGCGCGGGAACCUACGCCAUGUAUCGCUAUAGAGCUGGUCGGCUACGUUGACCGCAUGUUGCGGACAGCCUCCAUCCAGCUCAGCGAUGACGUCAUGAUUGUAGAUGAGAGCAACGGAGCGGCGGCUGAAGCGCCAGUAAAGUCAGAGACCCUAGCCCGCGCUGGGACCUCCCUGGAAGACCAGGCACAGCAGCUCAUCAUGGAUAAGCUGUGGAACUUCGCCACCACGCGGUCCCUCCGGUACAGGCUGCUUGAGAACGCGGACCUCGUCGUGUCCGGGGCUCAGGAGAAGGACGGCAGCUUUGGAGUCGGAGUAGCCCUAAAGUCCCCCAAGGUCUUCGAGAGCGGCCGCAGCCGUAACAAAAACAUGGGUCCGAUCCUCGCCGCGGCGGCCAUGAAGUUCGGUCUGCUCGGCGCUCUGACCUUCAAGGGCCUGACUCUGAUGGUCGGGAAGGCCCUCCUCAUCUCGAAGAUUGCGCUGCUGCUGGCUACCAUCAUUGGGCUCAAGAAACUGUUCUCUCCUCAGGCGAUCGAUGCGCAGAGAACAAUUCAUGGUGGCAAUGGUGGCAUUGGUGGUAUUGGUGGCAGUGGUGGCAUUGGUGGCAUUGGUGGCAUUGGAGGCAUUGGAGGCAGUGGUGGCAUUGGCGGCUUUCGAAGAGGGGUGCAGUUUGUUAUGCAGAUGUUUCGUGUAGCCGUCAAUGUCUUUCAAUGGAUAGGUUGACGAUGCUUACAAAUGUAUAAUAAGAAAUUAUUGUUAAAUAUUUGCAAGAGGAGCUAAAUAAAAC